CUCGCCUUUCCUCUUCACCCUGUACACCUCGGACUUCACCUACAACACAGACAGCUGCCAUCUCCAGAGGUUCUCUGAUGACUCCGCCAUUGUGGGUUGUGUGUCUGAAGGGAACAAGGUGGAGUACCGGUUGGUCAUCACUAGGGAUGGGUAUCGAUAACUGGUUCCUGUCAAGAACCGAUAAGAAAUAAUUCGAUCCACCGAUAUCAAUAGCCAUUUUGUUUAACGAUCCCCUUAUCGGUCCUUCAGUGGGAGGCUCGGCUGGAAUUUACGUCGACGUCACGUGACAUGCUGCACACCAGUCACGCUCGUCGUCAACACAGCAGCAGAAUUUUCCUAAACAAUGGCGGAGAGACCAGAGCGAGUGAAGCAGUCGAAAGCAUGGCUUCAUUUUGAGAAAAAGGACACUAACAGUGUGAAGUGCAACUUUUGCAGCGCUGUUAUAUCAUGUAAAGGUGGCAACACCUCAAACAUGCUUAAACAUUUGUUGACACAUGGCGUUAACUAUCAAGAAUGUCACAUGUUCGACAAGUUUCGGAAAAGUUCAGCCGCUGCAACUCCGCCGGAGAGCAAAGAUGGCCAGGGUAAGUUUUGCUUAUUUUCUGUCCUCCUGUAUGUUAAUAUUAGCAAUUUCAAUGACCUAUGCUGUAACAUUAUUUAACGUAAACAAAACAAAUAUUCUGUCAUUUGAUCCAUUUUAGACAAUAUUAGCGGUGGACCAAGCACUCCUGCUGCCUGCAGGGAUCCACCAUCUCCAACUUCACAUCCCAGCCCCUCGCCCCCUCCAUUUAGCCAGCCGACCCCGUUCACACUUGCCGCAAGAAGCAAGUUAUCACAGGACAUGAUCGAUGAAUGUCAUCAUGCACUCACCAAAUUCAUUGUGAAAGGUUUGCACCCUUUCUCAACAGUGGAGGAGCCAGCAUUCAGGGAGAUGACAAAGAAACUAUGCCCCAGAUAUAACCUGCCAUCAAGAGAUACCCUGUCCAACCAGCUGAUCCCCGCAUGGUAUAAUGUUGAAAAGGAAAAUUUACUAGAGGAUCUAAAGGAUGUUAAAAAGGCAGCAAUAACAGCAGAUGGGUGGACAAGUCUUAAUCAAGACCACUAUCUGACUGUUACACUACAUUAUAUUAAGGAUGGUGUAGUUAAAGGCAAGGUUCUUCAAACCAAAGCUGUCUAUCAAGCACAGACAGGCGCAGCAGUGGCAGAGGAAAUUGGCAACAUCCUAGACCAUUUCAAAGUCAGGGACAAAGUUGUGGCAGCCACGGUGGACAAUGCAGGGAACAUGGACGUGGCGUUGAAACGGCUUAAUGUCCAAAAGAUUGGAUGCUUUGCCCACACUCUGAACCUGGCAGCACAGAAGAUCCAAAAAUGCCAGACUGUGUCAAACUGGGUGGCAAGAGUCCGGGCAGUCGUGGUGUGGAUGAAGAGCUCCCACAUGGCCAAAGUUGUCCUCAGAGAAAAGCAGAAACUCCUCAACAAGCCCCAGCAUAUGCUCCUCCUGGAUGUGAGGACACAAUGGAACUCACUGUACUUAAUGGUGGAGAGAUUUUCUGAGCAGUUCCCUGCCAUUCAGGCUGCAUCUAUGGACCCGCGGCUGAAGAAGCUGAGUGGCAAGGAGAAAGUGGUGGAGAAGUUGGAUGGGGAGGACUUCAGGAAGGCAGAGGAAUUUGUGAAGCUGAUGCGCGUCCUCUAUACUUCCACCCUGUGUGUCUCAACUGACACAAAUCCAACCUGCGGGCAGAUACUUCCUAUUCUUGAAAAACUGGAGGGCACCUUUAUGGUUCAGGGGGAGGACUCUCCAUUUUCAAGAAACAUAAAGGAAAAGAUCUGGACCGAUCUCUCCACACGAUACCAGGAUGCUGAAGUCCUCACCUUCCUGGAAGAGGCUACUGCAACGGACCCACGGUUUAAAUUAAAAAAGGACACGGAUGACAUCUGGGACCGAUUAAAGGCAGUAGCAGUAAAUAGUCCAGUGGAGCAAGAGGUAUGAUAGUGAUUUAAUUGUGGCACAUUUCUAUUGUGAGAUUUCCUCAUGUUCCAUACACUCAUUGUUAUUUUCUCCUUAAGCCACCUGAGCAAGAAGAGAGGAAUCAACAGCCACGGUGUGAUGAUGAAGAGGAGGAAGAG